GGGUCUUAUUCGGUUUACGCUCCAAACGACGUCGUGUGAAGCGUGCUGUUUCUCUUUUUUUUUUUUUUUUUUUUUUGCUAAAAAAGUGCUGUUUCUCUUUACAGCCCCUCACUAAAGAUUCUUCCUAUUGCUUCAACUAGCUGCGAGCUUUUGUGGAUCUCUCUCUCUCUCUCUCUCUCUCUCUCUCCCUCUCGCAGAACAAAAUCUGCUGUUGUUGAGUUCAGCCGAAACAUCGCUUCUUUAACCGGCUAGAGGUUAGUUUUGUCAUAAAAGAAUUUGACCUCUUCUGGUUGAUUUUGAUGCUCUUGUAAUUCUUUCUCCAGUAAAGUUUACCACAAACUCUGAAGAGCAAUUGUAUGAUUGGAAAAUAGAACUAUAGUUUAGGAUUGGAACUCAUGUCUUGUUUAUUGGAAAUGUAGUUCAUAGUUGAAUUCGAUUCAUAUGGCCUUGAUGUAGAGAUUCAUUGAUCCUUUGGUUUAUUUCAAUGAUACCAGAUUUCGUUGUAAGAAUUUUUUUUGAUGGAAAGUGUAAGAGACGUGAACAAAAUCUGAGAGAAGUUGAAGCAAUAAUGUUGCAGCCAUUGCCAGAGAUAGCUGAGAGUAUCAAUGAUUCUGUCAAUUAUGAACACUCCAUUUGGCCUGGAGAUACAGAUGAUUUGAUGUUGAUAGUGGAUGCAAUAUCAAGGGGAGACUUGAAAUGGGUAUUGGUUGCUUGUGCUAAAGCUAUUUCUGAGAACAACCUUCUAUUGGCACAGUGGUGUAUCGGAGAGUUACGUCGCAUGGUUUCAAUAUCUGGUGAGCCUAUCCAGAGACUAGGAGCUUACAUGUUAGAAGGGCUUGUGGCUAGGCUCGCUGCCACUGGUAGUUCCAUAUAUAAAUCGCUCCAAUCCAGAGAACCAGAGAGUUAUGAUUUCUUAUCUUAUGUGUACCUUCUACAUGAGGUUUGCCCUUAUUUCAAGUUUGGCUACAUGUCAGCGAAUGGAGCCAUCGCCGAAGCAAUGAAAGAUGAGGAGAGAAUCCACAUUAUUGACUUCCAAAUUGGAGAAGGGAGCCAGUGGGUUGCACUUAUACAGGCUUUUGCAGCUAGGCCUGGUGGGGCUCCUAAUAUCCGAAUUACCGGUAUUGGUGAUGGAUCCAAGUUGGUUGCAGUCAGGAGAAGACUAGAGAAACUCGCAAAGAAGUUCGAUGUACCAUUCAAGUUUCAUGCGGUUUCAGCGUCGAGUUGUAAAGUGGAAGUGGAAAAUCUUGAUGUCCGAAUAGGCGAAGCACUUGGGGUCAACUUUGCUUACAUGCUGCACCAUUUACCAGAUGAGAGCGUAAGCACGGAAAAUCACAGGGACCGGGUGCUGAGGAUGGUCAAGAGUUUGUCACCUAAAGUCGUCACUCUCGUGGAACAAGAAUGCAACACAAACACUUCUCCUUUCCUUCCUAGGUUCCUUGAGACAUUAAGUUACUACACGGCAAUGUUUGAAUCCAUCGACGUGAUACUCCCAAGAAAUCACAAAGAGAGGAUCAACGUUGAGCAGCACUGCCUGGCGAGUGAUGUUGUCAACAUCAUAGCUUGUGAAGGAGCUGAGAGAAUCGAAAGGCAUGAGCUUCUCGGGAAAUGGAAGUCAAGGUUUUCCAUGGCGGGUUUUGUGCCAUACCCCUUGAGCUCAGUCGUUUCAGCCACCAUUAGAGCCCUCUUAAAAGAUUACAACAACGGGUAUGGGAUUGAAGAAAGAGAUGGUGCUCUGUGCCUAGGUUGGAUGGACAGAAUCUUGGUCUCAUCUUGUGCAUGGAAGUGAAAGAAUAAUCGUCUGUAUUUCCAAAUAUGUGAUGCAAAAGAUAGUAUUGGAAAUAACAGAUGGUUUUGUCUCAAUAUCAUUACUAAAGGUUGGAUCAAAUCAUAUACAUCACCAAUCUACACACACAUGCUCCAUCAACAAAGAAAGACUCUUGUUGUACUACCAAUUCAUAUUUGAACCAAAUCGAAAUGCACAGGAUAUAUAAAGAUGGUAAGCAUACUAUUCCAUUAAACACUACUCGGGUUCCGCCUGAACAACAAACUGUACAUAGACUCUUGUUGUACUAAUCUAUGUUAAACAGCCGUACAUAAUAUAACCAACAACACAUGCCAAAUGCCUUAGCUUUGACCAUACUUUGCUUUAAGUUUCUGUACGUGACUCUCCAGAGUUCUUGAUGUAUUCUCCUGACAAACAGUGAUUUUAUAAUAUGACUAUAAAACCGAGAAUGAGUAUGAGUAGUCACAUGAUGAGUGACAUAUCGAGAGAUAUCAUGCAAAUGAAGUCAGUAAACAAGUAUUUCAAGAUCCCAGAAAAUUAACAUACCAGCCGGAAUAGGAACAUAUGCCAAGAAAACGGGCAUGGAAAGUCCAUUAGUAAUGGCUUUGCUCCUGAAUUGCCAUAUGGUUGGCUGCUUGAUCUUUGAUCUUUGAUCUUUGGUUACAUCUGAUAUGUGUUUUAUUUGCUCAUCAAACCGAGAGUGGACCUUGAACCAGGGCCGGCUGAAAUAGCAGGGCGAGCAGUGCACACGCCCCAGAGCCCACAAAUUUUUGUUUUUCAAUGUUAAUCUAAUAUUUCUAAAGAAAGAGAAUUUAGAAAUAUUGUUCAAUAACAAUCUGAUUUUACGGAAACUAAAUCUCAUUAUGCUAACUUAGAGUAUAAAUUUUCACCUAAAUUAAUAGUUUAGAAGAAAAUAUAGUAAGUUAGCAUUAACUAUAGUUAGCCGCUAAGUAUGUUUCUGGAAUAAAUUUAUUUAUUAAGUUGACUACUUCUUUCUUUUUUUACAUAAAAGAGUUAUUUCUACAAACUUUUUCUAUGCGUAGACAUAAUUUAAAUCCCGCAGUUUAGUAAAAUAGUUGAUUUUUCAAAGAUUCUUGCAUUGUGCAACUUCAACUGAAAGUUGGAUUAAACAAAUUAUUUUCUAAAAGUUUCAUUUUGAAUUUACCUUUGCUGUCAAUGUUUUCUGUUUUUUUUUUCUAUACACUUGAUCUUCGAGAAAGAUCACAUAUCCUUUCAUUGUCUGGCUAUGUUUCUGGUUAUGUUUACAUUUAGAAACAAAAACUACUCUUCAGUGUUUGUUUUUUGAUUAAAAAAGUUAGUACUUUGAUUUGUAGCAACAAUAUUAUGAAUUGUAUUGUGACACCCGUCACCUCCUAUCCGGAGAACAGUGUGUCAUCCCGGACGCAUCAUCAUACAAUAAUGUGACACCCGUUUCUCUCUAACUAAGGACGACGGGCCACCAAUAAUAUCCGUAAUAUAAAAGUCCAUAGACCCAAUUACACUCACCCAAACCCAAAUAAAAAUCCGAAGGUAAAGUCAAAUAGCACCAAGUCCGUCCAAAUAUCACAUACUUAUUUGUCUCACCUGAAAAGGGGAAGAGUGAGGGGUAAGCGACAGGAGAAUCGUACAGUGAGGGAUGGGAUGCUAUCCCUGGAGUACAUGGACCCGGACAUAACACUCCGAAUAUACAUAAUUUAAUCCAAACAUGUUACAAGCAUGGCACCUAAAGUAUCCAAGAAACAAUCAAGGUCCCAGCGUAUAAAUAUAUAUAUAGUCGCUGCUCGCUAACGGACCAACCGCCGAGAUAGUGCCCGAUAUCACUCCUCCGGUAGAAGCCUCCCUUUCCGGGGUACACGUAUGGGAAUAAUGCCCAUACACACCGCCCGUGGGCGAUUUAUCGAUCUCGAGGAUACGACGUGGAUCGAAUUAAAGCCGCUGUAACCCCCAAACUCUAGCAUGCAGGUACAAACUUAUGCCCUGCUAGCCACAUGCAGACUCCAAGUCUGCCUCUCGAAAACAAUACUACAUAUAUAUAAUAUAUAGCCACAAGCAGACUCCAAGUCUGCCUCUCGAAAACAAUACUACAUAUAUAUAUAUAUAUAUAUAUAUAUAUAUAUAUAUAUAUAUUUCUUAUACAUUUAUAUAAAUUUAAAUUAUGCAAGCAAGGUUGGAUCAUCUGACUCCCUAUUCCGGUUUAAGCAAAGAACCUAAAUAACUAUCAAACAGACUCCAAACAAACAUUCGACAUACUCAAUUUCACAGAGACAAAAACAUAUUAAGACUAAAGUUUGCCUAUUCGAAGUCCUAAUCCAAGUACGAAAAGUUCGGAAAAAGACCUUCACCUUAGCAAUAGAAAAGUAGUGUCUAUGAACUUUAGCUGCUCAAAUAGACUCCAUAUCUGAAAUCAGAUCGAAAUUCUGAGUCAGAACGCCUUUCGAACAGUCAAAAACGGAUAUGGUCAAGGUUUAUGGAAAAGUCAACCCGCUGGUCAAAGUCAACCCGGUCAAGCUUUGACCAGAAAUCGAUUUGACUAAACCGAGCGGUUUACCCUAACCAAACCGAAAUCAAUUUAAACCGGUCAAACUAGUCAACCAACCGGUUUACCGAGUCAACCGAGUUGACGCGCUGAGUUGACUCGGCCGAGUUAGCCGAGGCACCGGCGACGGUCAACGGCGGCGAUGGCGGAGGGCGGCGGCAGCUUAUCGGGAAGUUCGCCAGUGUCGACGGCGGCGAGGCGGCGGCGGACACGAUUUACGACGGCGGUGCGUCGACUUCACGCGCGCGGACGUCGAAGAUUGCGGGGGCGCGUGCGGGCUCAUCCGGGCUCCGAUUGCGGCGAGGUCGGCGGCUACGGCUUCGGCUUCGUCUCGACGAGAGAAACACAAUGAUGGUCUUGCAUGCACGAGAUUAUCAAUGGUCAACGGCGGCGACGGCGGAGGGCGGCAGCAGCUUAUCAGGAAGUUCGCCAGCGUCGACGGCGGAGCACGGCGGCGAGGCGGCGGCGGACAAGAUUUACGACGGCGGUGCGUCGACUUCACGCGCCCGGACGGCGAAGACUGCGGGGCGCGUGUGGGCUCAUCUGGGCUCCGAUUGCGGCGAGGUCGGCGGCUACGUCUUCGUCUCUCUCUCUCUCUCUCUCUCUCUCUCUCUCUCUCUCUCUCUCUCUCUCUGAACUUCUGAUUUGUUUUUCUUUUUCUUACAAGAAAACAAGCUACUGGAACUGGAGAAAUGAGUAUUUAUAGACAAACAUUUCGAGGCUUCGGGUAUUGCUUGGGCCUUAGCUAGCUAAGGAGUUCCAAACCGGAAUCGGGUCGUUACAAUUCUCCCCCACUAACAAUGAAUUCGUCCAUGAAUUGAAGUUAUCAGCUUACUGUCCAAUUCAUGGCAACAAAGUUCUGAAUAAUCAAGCUGCUCGGUCUCUUAAGCCUCUUCUUGAAUACCAUCUCUCUCCCAUCGAAUCUGACAAGAACGGUCGACAUUCCCCGUACUGUUGACACUUGAUGAUCCAUAAUAUCCAAUAGCUGAUAAGGUGCAUACAAUCUCCCUGCGGUGAUUUGACGUCUGCUGCAAAAUAACUCUGGUUCUCCUUCAACUUUUCUCAACGCUGACACAUGAACCACGUCGUGGAAAUAUUAUACACUCCUGAUAAAAUAACAGCAAGCAACUGCUCCAAUCCGCUCCACUGAAGGAUACAAUCUCAUGUACCUUGGUUUAAGCUGCUUUAGCUUCUGAGUCUUAGAUCCUCCCUGAAAUUUCCUUAUAUUCAGGUAUACUAGAUAGCCCAUAUGUAACUCCAAACCCUUACGGCGCUUAGCUGCAUAACUUCUCUGACGGCUAUGGGCUUUCUAAAGCCAAUCUUUGAGCAUGUCCAUUUUCUCUACCGUCUCUUGAACCAUUAAUAGUUCUAACUCAUGUCGCUCCCCCACUUUGGUCCAACAUGGUGGUAUAUGAUAAGGCCUACCAUAAACAGCCUCAUACGGUCCAUCUCAACGCUUGAAUGAUAACUGUCGAUAUAGAGAAACUCUAUUAGAGGUAGAUGCUUUCCGAACUUCCAUCCCAUUAGAAGACGCAAUCUCUGAACAUAUCCUUUAAGUUCUGAGUAGUCAUCUCUGGCUGACCAUUUGUAUGCUGAUAAUAAAUUUUAUUCCUGUGGAUCCUUGUCCCAAACGCCUUCUGAAUGACUCCAAAAUGUAGACGUGAACUUCGAAUCCCAAUCCGAUACAAUGCUGACAAGAGCUCCAUGCAACCUCAAAAUCACGCUGAUGAAAAUCUGCACAAACUGAUCAGCUCUCUCUGCCUUCUAAAUUACUUAGGAAAUGGACUGGCUUGGUAAGUCUAUCCAUGACUACCCAUGUGGCAUCCUUUCCACAUAUGGUGAUUUAAAAAUCCAGUAACAACAUCCAUAAUCACCAUGUCUCAUUUCCACUCCGGCAAAAGCAAGCUCAACAAUAACCUGAAAGGUAUCUAAUCCUCAUACAAAACCAUCUGGCAUAUAUGUCCUUGCGACGCAAUGUGGCUACAAUCUUUUUCAUAUUAGGCCAAUUAUAGAAACACUUUAUUAUCUUUGAACCUCUUGGUGUUUCCCGGGUAGAUAGAGAAACGCGAGUGAUGUGUUUACUUUAAGAUCCUGUUUCUUAACAACUUAUCGUCCAAUACACAAACUCGGUUUCGGUAUAGUUACACCCUGCUCGAAACUGUAUGAUAUCUAAUACUCCCAGUCUCUAUCUAUUCAACCAAAACCAUAACGCUAACCUGCACAUGGCGUAUCCUCCAUAGCAAAACUGCCUGCUCCAAGCCUCAAGGUCAUCUGUCUCUCUCUCGACGGUAAUGGGACACAAUCUGAGACUAGCAAAUGUCCCAAUAAACUCAUGAACCUCCUUGGUUUCUGAUACGUCGCUCAUAUGCCUACCCAAGGCAUUUGUCACCUGGUUGUCCUUACCAGAUUGUAUCCGAUAUCCAAACUAUAGUCUACUACAAACUCAAUCCAACUGCACUGUCCAAGUACAAGUUUUAAUGAAUGAAGAUAGAUUUCACAUUCUAAUGAUCCCAGGGAAUCUUCCUUCCCGCACAAUUAAGAUCUGCAAUACUAUAACGUAAAUACCACUGCAGCCACUCCGAAUCAUAAAUAAGAUAAUGGGUCUUGUGAGGUCUCAACUGACCCGAUUCAUAUGCAAUGACCUGAUCCUCAUGCAUCAAUACACCAUCCGCAAACGCUCAUCAUGCUCCUCUGCUCCAAGAAUAAAUCAAAGGGGGUCCUCGAUAAGUACAAUCGCGCACUUGACCAAGUGUUCACGAAAGACAUCAUUCAUAAGCUUCACGAAUGCUAUCGGUGCAUUCGUCGACCCAAAUAGUAUCACCAAAACUCAUAAAAUUCACAACGUACACGGAAACCCACAUUCUGUACAUACUCCUCAACUAUAACAAUCUGAUGAUAUCCUGAUGACAAGACAACCUUCGAGGACCAUGAAUCUCCAUGCAGCUUUUCCAACAACUCAUCAAUAUGAUGGUUACCAUGUUCAAGUCUAUGUAUUCGAUACAAAGUCUGAAACUUCCAUUUUUCUUCGUCACAACAAUAAUGAUGAUCCCCACGGAGAAAUACUCGAUCUAAGAAAACAUUUAUCAAAGAGUUCCUCCAAUUGCUUUCUCAACUCAGCCAUCCCUGCUGGUGCUAGACGAUAAGAAACUCGUGAAACCAGUGUUGUCUGCUCCAAAUAAAUCGCAAGAGUGUCUCAUGUGUCUUGUGGUGGCCGUUCCAAAGGUCACACAUAUAUCCUCAUACUCUGCAAUAACCGGAAGUUCCUACAGUUCAUGCUGUCCAUCAUCUUUUACCAUCGAAAUGGUAGCCAAAAAUCUCUUUGCUCUUAUAUCCAAUAACUCCUCAGCAUGUAGCAUGCAUGCAAUAAAAACUUCCAUCUGCUCCAGCAAUAGGAAAUCUUGCCCUCAGACAAUCCAACACUCCUCGAUAUCGUGACAGCCAAUCCAUCUCAAGGAUGACAUCGGAAAAACGUAGCUCCAUCUCUGCCGAGUCUCCGAACAAAUCAGCCCUCCAAGCAUAAGUGGUACACCACGAAGAAUAUAAAUAGUUUUCACGUCAUAUGCCAGCUGUCCUAACUGACACAUCUCUGAAAUGAUUAACAAUGCCAAAAACUGGCAACCAAAACCAAGCGUAACUCCAAUAUCAACACUACGCAAGCUGCUGCACCCCCAAUCCAAAAGCGACUCCCACGAGUUUACAACUAAACAUACCUCCAAAAUAAUCAAUAGACUCAUACACACAAAUAAUACAUGCCAACCAAUGGCUCACAUCUCAUACCACAUAAUCUCUCGUAGUAAAACUCGUGGAACGACGGCUUGAACCUGGGUGGCGGCAGAAACAUCACGAAUCCACUCCUGGAUAACCUCGGAACAAUGACAGAAGAAACUGAUAAACUCAUGAGCAAUCUGAUAAACUGAGACAUUGCCCAACUGUUGAACAUCUGGCUGGGAUCCUCUUAGCCGAAGGUCAAAUGACGAUGAUUUUACUCAUCGUCAUAGGAAGAGACAAUUGAGUUAGUAAUUACUAGACAGAAUGGUGCUAAAAGAAUUUUCAAAUAUAUAAAUAAAUAUAUUUUUUAAACAAAAAGAACGUUGAAAACCGAUGAAAAUCAAAUCCCCUGACCGCCAUCCCGGGACGGAACCCCGCUCUGAUACCAAAAUUGUGACACCCGUCACCUCCUAUCUGGAGGACAUCGUGUCAUCCCGUACGCGUCAUCAUACAACAAUGUGACACCCGUCUUCCUCUCACUAAGGACGACGGGCCACCAAUAAUAUCCUGUAUAUAAAAGCUCAUAGACCCAAUUACACUCAACCAAACCCAAAUAAAAAU